AUGUUUUACGCAGCUACUACUACUGCAUCCAUUGUUUCAUCUCAAGAUAUCGAAUAUCGUAAGCUUUUCAAUUCUAAAGUUUAUUUACAACAUCUUAUGAAGGUAAUGAAACAAGGUUUGGUGUCUCAAGGAAAACCAAAAGAUCAUAUUUUUCUCAAAAGAAAGCUUCUUGUUGGUCCAGGUUCUAGUCCUCCAACAUGCAUAGCCAAAUGCGAUGAAUGUACCCCUUGUACACCCAUCCUUGUGAAUGUUCCACCAAAGAAACAAGAGGAUCUUGGACCCUACUAUCCACAAGAAUGGAAAUGCACGUGUGACAACAAGCUCUAUGAUCCAUGA